AUGUGCAUCAACCAGUGGUUCGCCUACAAGUCCCCGGGCCACGUGUGCCUGCCGUCGCCGCAGCCCGCCGAGCUGUCCCUGCCGCUCUGGGCCGUGCCGGCCAUCGUGGGCAGCUGCGCCACCGUCCUCGCGCUGCUUGUCCUCAGCCUGAUCCUCUGCAACCAGUGCAGAGGGAAGAAGGCAAAAGCGCCCAAAGAAGAGAAGAAAACGAAGGAGAAGAAGAAAAAAGGGAGCGAGAAUGUUGCGUUUGAUGACCCUGACAACAUCCCCCCCUAUGGCGAUGACAUGACGGUCAGGAAGCAGCCUGAAGGCAACCCAAAACCCGAUAUAAUCGAGCGGGAAAACCCGUAUCUCAUCUAUGACGAAACGGACAUCCCACACGCACCAGAGACCAUCCCCAGCGCCCCGCUGGCUUCGCCGGAGCCCGAGAUCGAGCACUACGACAUUGACAACGCGAGCAGCAUCGCCCCUUCAGAUGCCGACAUCAUCCAGCACUACAAGCAGUUCAGGAGCCACACACCCAAGUUCUCCAUCCAGCGGCACAGCCCGCUGGGCUUUGCCCGGCAGUCCCCCAUGCCCUUGGGAGCCAGCAGCUUGACCUACCAGCCCUCCUACGGCCCAGGGCUAAGGACCACGUCGCUGAGCCACUCGGCGUGCCCUACGCCCAACCCACUGUCUCGGCACAGCCCCGCGCCCUUCUCCAAGUCAUCAACCUUCUACCGGCACAGCCCGGCGCGGGAGCUGCACCUCGCCAUACGGGAGGGCAGCCCGCUGGAGGUGCACAACGACGUCUGCCAGCCCGGCAUUUUCAACUACGCCACUCGGCUGGGCAGGAGAAGCAAGAGCCCGCAGACCAUGGCGGCUCACGGCCCACGGCCGGGCAGCCGCCUCAAGCAGCCCAUGGGGCAGCUGCCCCUGGAGAGCGCGCCUCCCGUGGGGCUCUCCAUCGAGGAGGUGGAGAGACUGAACACGCCGCGCCCCAGGAACCCCAGCAUCUGCAGCGCCGACCACGGCCGCUCGUCCUCCGAGGAGGACUGCCGCCGGCCCCUGUCGAGAACGAGGAACCCGGCCGACGGCAUCCCCGCGCCGGAGUCAUCCUCCGACAGCGACUCCCACGAGUCCUUCACGUGCUCGGAGAUGGAGUACGACAGGGACAAGCCCAUCGCGUACACCUCUCGGAUGCCCAAGCUGUCCCAGGUCAACGAGUCAGACGCGGACGACGAGGACAACUAUGGUGGCAGGCUGAAGCCGCGGCGCUACCCUGGCCGCCGAGGGGAGGGCGGACCCUUUGUCAGAGCUUUGCGAAGACAUUAUGCAAAACGAUGCUAUGCGACAGCAGCUUUUUCAGAAGAAUUUCUUGCAGUCUGCCGAAAGCUCCGUGGAGACUGGAAUGGCCCUGCUCUUCUGAAGCAGCUGCCGGUGAGCAGGCGGGCAGCUGAAGGAAUAACUUUUGCACAGCACAUGCAGCCAGCGUGCACCGUUCCUCAGUGGCACUGGUCAAGGGCUGCAACAUUCAAUACUCUGAAAAAAGAAGAAGAAGAAGAAGAAGAAGAAGAAGAAGAAGUGGAAUGCGACAAGCUC